AUGGCAUCUGUGCCUUCAGCUGGUUGUCUUUUGGCCAGAAAUCAGUAUUAUCGAAAGGCCAGUGUUUCUUCAGGCACCUCUUUAACUGGCCCUGAUUCUGUCAACUUUGUAGGUGAUGACAAAGCCCAGCUAGCUAUCAAAUGUGAAUUUUAUUUGAUAGGAUUACCCGAAGUGGCAGAAUCCACCUGGUGGUUUAAAUCCUUUUUUCAAUCUGUACCUGUGCUUUCAAAUGUAAAAAGAGAAGACCAGUCUGUUUGUGGGGGGAAUGGACCAGGAAGCAGAAGCAAGGGACCUUUAGGAACAAAUAACCACUCUCUACUCCAAUAA